UUUUUGUAUAAUCCAGACGUUUUUUAUUUAUUUAUUUUUCGAAAAUGGUAUACCAUUUUACCAUAUUAGUCAUUCGUUUACAGCAGGUGUUUUUCUAUUACGGAUAUUGCGUUUUGCUGACAUCAUACCCGGAAGUUCCAACACUACCCUUCUGGAAGCCGUGUUCGCUAACCGUUUUUCCUCAAAAUUUGUCUUAAGCCUUAUAUUGAAAUAAUUUUACACUUCCUGGAUCAUAUUGCUUUAUAUAGGAAUCAACGUUAGCCUUGGGACUUUCUGUGUUCUGAGUUUGGUCAAGGUUGUCGCAAGAAUUUGUCUUGGCUAGUGCUAACAAGUUUAAAGCCUGGCGAGCUUCAGCAGCUCGCCGCGAACCGGCUUCAAUGCGUGGGAUGAUGGGCAGCCAAAGUAGCCCUGUCAAGAGUUACGAUUAUCUCCUUAAAUUCCUCUUGGUGGGAGACAGUGACGUCGGAAAGGGAGAAAUCUUGGACAGUUUACAAGACGGCUCCGUGGAGUCUCCCUAUGCUUACAGCAGUGGAAUUGAUUACAAGACAACCACAAUACUGCUGGAUGGAAGAAGAGUGAAGUUAGAGUUAUGGGAUACAUCCGGUCAGGGAAGAUUCUGCACCAUCUUCAGAUCUUACUCAAGAGGAGCACAGGGCAUACUCCUUGUGUAUGACAUCACCAAUGGCUGGUCAUUUGAUGGCAUUGACCGUUGGAUCAGAGAAAUUGAUGAGCAUGCCCCAGGUGUGCCCAGGAUCUUGGUUGGCAAUCGACUUCACUUGGCUUUCAAGCGGCAGGUUCCAACAGAGCAAGCGAGGGCUUAUGCUGAAAAAAACAGCAUGACUUUCUUUGAGGUCAGCCCGCUGUGCAACUUCAAUGUCAUCGAGUCUUUCACAGAACUCUCGCGCAUCGUGCUCAUGAGGCACGGGAUGGAAAAGUUCUGGAGGCCUAAUAGAGUUUUUAGCCUCCAAGAUCUGUGCUGCCGUUCCAUCGUCUCCUGCACACCCGUGCACCUCAUCGACAAGCUCCCUCUCCCAGUGGCCAUCAAAUCGCACCUUAAGUCAUUCUCCAUGGCCAACGGCAUGAAUGCAGUCAUGAUGCACGGACGCUCCUACUCAGUGGUCAACACUGCAGCCUCAGGCGUCACAAACGGCGGAAGCAAGGGCAACAGUAUCAAACGCUCCAAGUCCUUCAGGCCCCCACAGAGUCCACCGAAAACCUCUUCAUCCUCUUCCUCCAGGGGGAACUGUAAAAUAUCGUAGUGAAAGUGUGGACUGAGGCCAGUGUGUUUUGGUGGUGGUGUUGCCAGAGGCCUCUCAAGGCCUACGGGGGGGAACAAGCUACCACCUGCAAGUAAACCUGAUCAGAACUUGGCGCUACCUUGGACGUGUUUUGACCUGUUUUGAUGGGUUUCUAUUUGUUUGCACUUACCGGUACCAUCUUUGGAGGUUGCCCCCCCACCCUCCGCUUUUACAAUAUUAACUGAUUGUGUUGAACAAGACAUCAGUUGCGGAUUGUCACUCACGUGUUAACAUUACAAACUAGGGGAGAAUCAGUUUAUUUUUUGAAUUUGAUCUUUAUCUUAAUAUUUAAAGUUGGGCUUGACAUUUAAAAUAUUGCUUUAUGUAAUAUGAUAGUGGGAGACUUUUCUAAUUUACAGUGUCUUACACCUUUAUUGAGGGCUCACUCUCUGCAACAACCUUCAAAUCUAAGAUUAAAGUUUACUUUUAAAAUUGGCUUUUUUUUUUAAUCAGGAGAAGAUGAGGGAAGAAAAUAAUUUGCACAGAGUUCAUUAAAACUACCAUCUAAAAACAGCAUUGCUCAAUUUAGGUUUUGUGAUGCCAGGGUCUUUGACCGAAUCAGCUGCUUUAGUUUCAUCCACUGUUGGAUAUUUUUCUGUGGCCUUUUUAACCGAUUAAGUGAAAUAAUCUUUUCCAUUAAAAACUUUGGAAAUGUCUUGGUGCUGAUGACUAAGUACAAACCAAAUGUACAGAUUUUUACCUUGAUGGGUUUGCUAUCAUUAAUACAUACAUUUGUAAAUAGUCCCUCCCCCCCUCCAUUUUGAAUAUUUUCUAAACGGUCUUCUUUGUAUUUAUGAAUGUUAAAAUUACCGUCAUCUGCUUCCUUACUGUUUUCAGGUGGAAUUUUGUGUUACUGCCUCUUGCGUAUCUGUGUUCAAACUCCUUUCAGCCUCCCGGAAAGUUGACGCAUGACAGCAGUGCCUGGUUACUGUUGACACUGAGCAAGCUUUUCAUUGUAACUAUACAAAUGAUUGACAAGAGGCUUAAGAUGUUAAGUUUACAGCAACGGUUCAGUAAGAGUGUAAAGUUUUAUCAGAACUUAACCUUCCUGAGGAAACUAUGUGGUAAGAUUAUGUAAGGAAUGAAAAUAAUGGUGCACAUUUGUCAUUGCUGCUGAUGUCUGUGCCGUACUGAGACCAGUGUGUGGGAGUGUAUUAAAUAAACUAAAGCACAAUGUCUUGAUGCAAGCUGAGCUGUGUUGCCAAUGUU